ACCUGAAGAGUGCAAAAAGACCAAACGCCAGCUUCUGCACAGUGUGCCUGUCUGUUCAAUCAUGGUUGUCAGAUGGUUGUUGGUUGAGAUUUUAGCACUUUGUGCUCUCUGUAAUGCUGUUCCUCAGUGGAGUAAUCUGCCCCAGAGUCCUCAGAAGGUUCAGCAGCUGGUUCAACGACAGCCACCCAGCCAGAAGGUUCAGCAGCCACAACAACAGCCACCCAGCCAGAAGGUUCAGCAGCCACAACAACAGCCACCCAGCCAGAAGGUUCAGCAACCACAACAACAGCCACCCAGCCAGCAGGAUAAGCAGCCGGUUCAACAGCAGCCACCCAGCCAGCAGGAUAAGCAGCCGGUUCAACAGCAGCCACCCAGCCAGUGGGUUAAGCAGCCAGUUCAAGAACAGCAGCCA